UCAAGAGAGGGAAGGAGCAACUGGAGUCCUACACUUCGUCCUCUCUUCUCCUCGAAAAAGCGCACAAAAUGUAACUACUCUUCAUGCUUUUCUCUUACGUUUGUGUUGUUUUUACGCACAUCCGUGAUCUGCUAUCGGCAGAUAUUAUCGGCAGCCUCAUGGUGUUUGUCCGGCGGUGGUCGAACUCAGCAAACUGCGAGAAGGAGGAGAAAGACAGACAAGAGGAAAAACUCAGGCAGCGCCGCUUUGGAGUUGGAGUUGCAGCGUAAAAAAGGUCCCAGGCAACUCCAAAGGCACAUCUGCAACUUAGGAAGAGAAGGAGAAGAAAGACGACAAAACAUCUUUUUCUAAGAAGAUUAAAAAGCCAAGAACUACAGGGGAAACCACCCAGAGAAAAUUAACCUGUCUCCAUGACGUGUUGAGGAAUGACAAACAGCCAUGGAAACCCAGUCCCAAGCCAAUUCAGCAGCUGAGAAGAAGAAGAGGGUGGAGACCAUAGUGGCGAGCAAGGGCUCAUCAGUGCGGAAUGAUGUUAGCGAGAAGGCGGUGGCCUCCAGCACCACCUCAAAUGAGGACGAGAGUUCGGGCACAUCUUACCACCGCGACAGGCGCAAUGCUAUUAGCUCGCAGGCCCCGACCCCCGGUGGCCCCGACAGGAGCGUAAGCGAGGAGCCCUCCACCUCCACAGACGAACGCCCCUCCCUGCUCAAGAAGGAGCUGCAUGGUUCCCUGCCCCACCUGGCUGACCACCCUCUGCCGUACCGAGGCACUCUGUUCGCUAUGGACCCCCGCAAUGGCUACCUAGACUCACACUAUCCUGCACCGCAGUUCUUCCCUACCUUCCAUCAUCCUGUGCCAGUUGACGACAGACAUGCCCAGGGACGUUAUUUCUAUGACACCUCCCCUGUGCCCCCUCUUCAUGUGCCCCCUGCGCUGGCGGGCAGUCCAGCUUUCCCUGACUUCCCUCUCAUCCGGAUCUCACCCCAGCGGAACCCCUCAGUGGGGGCGGAGUCACCGUUUCACCCUCCACACCCCUACAUCAACCCAUACAUGGACUACAUCCGCUCAAUCCACAGCAGCCCCUCCAUCUCUGUUCUGCCAGCCACCCGGGGCCUCAGCCCUGCAGAUGCCCCUCAUGCAGGUCUGACCACAGCUGAGUACUAUCAGAUGGCUCUGCUGGCGGGCCACCGUAGCCCUUACACAACGGACCUGCUUCCCUCUGUGGCGUCCACAGCCGGUGCCAGCAGCGCCAGUGCCCUGCACAUGGAAUACCUGCAGGCAAUAGAUAGCUCUCGUUUCCCAAGCCCGAGGCUGCCAUCACGGCCCAGCAGGAAGCGACCCCUGCCCAUCUCACCUCUUUCUGAGCACAGCUUUGACCUGCAGAACAGGAUCCGCAGCUCGCCCAACUCUCUUGUCGCCAUGCUCAACAACUCUCGCUCCAGCUCCUCCACCAGCGGCUCCUAUGGUCACCUGUCUGCUGGAGCCAUCAGCCCAGCAUUAAGCUUCGCCUACCCUCCCACCCCAGUGGCUUUGCAUGUGCACCAGCAGCUGAUUGGUCGUCAACCAGGCAUCAUGGGCUCCGCCUUUGGCCACAGCCCGCCCCUCAUUCACCCAACGCCGGCCUUUGCCACCCAGAGACCCAUACCCAACAUCCCCCCCUCUGGGCUCAGCACCACUGAGCGCUCAACUGUCUCCAACGACUCCUCGCAGACCAAACCAACGAGUGAAUCUGCUGUGAGCAGCACAGGAGACCCCAUGCACCACAAACGGUCGAAAAUGAAACCGGAGGAGGAGUUGCCGAGCCCAGGCGCAGUAAGCGUACAGGACCAUCCUGAUGGAAUGACCCUGGUGAAGGAAGAAGGCGACAAAGAUGAAAGCAAACAGGAGCCAGAGGUGGUUUAUGAGACAAACUGCCACUGGGAGAACUGCUGCCGUGAGUUUGACACACAGGAGCAGCUUGUACAGCACAUCAACAAUGACCACAUCCAUGGGGAGAAGAAGGAGUUCGUGUGUCGGUGGGAGGAAUGCUCUCGAGAGCAGAAGCCCUUCAAGGCACAAUACAUGCUGGUGGUCCACAUGCGGAGGCAUACUGGGGAAAAACCACACAAGUGCACAUUUGAAGGCUGUACCAAGGCCUACUCUCGUCUAGAAAACCUUAAGACUCAUUUACGUUCCCACACCGGAGAGAAACCUUAUGUGUGUGAGCAUGAAGGCUGCAACAAGGCCUUUUCGAAUGCCUCAGAUCGGGCUAAACAUCAGAAUCGCACACACUCAAAUGAGAAACCGUAUGUGUGUAAAAUCCCAGGCUGCACCAAGCGUUACACAGACCCCAGCUCUUUACGCAAGCAUGUGAAGACAGUGCAUGGGCCAGAGGCGCAUGUCACAAAAAAACAGCGUGGAGAUUACCCACGUCCUCCGCCCCAGUCCCGGGAACCUGGGGGCAACAGCCAGGGCCGCUCGCCAGGGCAACUGCCCCUGGGUGGGUACACAGACCAAAGGGAGUACAAUCAUGCUACCUCAAAGCAAGAUGAAUGUCUGCAGGUCAAGUCCAUCAAGACAGAGAAGCCCAUGACGUCUCAGCCAAGCCCUGGCGGUCAGUCUACAUGCAGCAGUGACCAGUCCCCCAUCAGCAGUGGAGUCCAGCUUGCUGUGAGUGCUGGACGCUCGCCGGGGGAGGGGCUGGAGGAGGAUGAGGAGAAAGAGGAAAAUGAAGGGGAGGUGGAGGAGGAGUGUGAGGGUGACCCAGCACCCAUCAUGGACUCCACAGUCUCCACAGCAAGUGCGACCAUGCUGACCCUGCAGGCGAGGCGUAGUGUUGGCCGCCCCCUGCGCUGGAUGGAGCAUGUCAAGAUGGAGAGGCUGAAGCAGGUGAAUGAAGCACUGCCCAGGCUGGGGCCCCUGUCCCCUACACCACCCCCGAAAGGUUCCACACUACCCAACAUCCUGGGGAAGGGAUCCUUUCUGGGCAGGCAUUUUGGGCCGCCUGCUCCUCAGCCACCGGCUCAUGCUGAGUUGGGCAACACAGACCUAACAGUGCUCAAUUUGCUCGCCUCCCCCCCCUGCUCCCCCAGCCGACGCUCCAGCCAGGCUUCUCAGAAUGAGGGUACAUUGGCGGCUGCCCAUCAUCGCCACCUCCACAACCUUAGCUCCACCGACUCAUAUGACCCCAUCUCCACUGAUGCUUCCCGGCGUUCAAGUGAGGCUAGCCAUUAUGGAGGUGGGACAGGAGGAGGGGGUGGAGGGAUACUCUCAGGUGGAGGCUAUGGAGGUGUUGGAGUAGGCAUUGGAGCAGGAGGGGGGUCACGAGGGAUGCUCAAUUUAACCCCAGCACAGCACUACCACCUUAAAGCCAAGUAUGCAGCAGCAACUGGAGGACCACCUCCAACGCCUCUACCCAACAUGGAGCGCAUGAUUUUGAAGACUCGUAUAGCCAUGAUGGAUGAGGGUAAUAGUGACCAUUGUUUACCACCUUUAGUCAGGGCACAUCAUUGCAAUGAUGGCACCAGCAGGUACACCAAUGGGCAUAUGGGACAUGCAGUUUGCAGACGAAGGGUCCUCUACCCUGGUGAGGGACCACAAAAUGGGAGUCGUAGGGCCAGUGACCCAGUGCGGAUGCAUGCUCCUGACACUUGCAGUUUGCCCCAGGUCCAACGCUUCAGCAGCCUUAACAACCUUCACCCUCUUCCACCUCUGUCUCAUCAUUUGUCACCUGACAUUCGCAGCUUUAGCAUACAGAACUACACACACUCAGAAGGAAACCUGCAGGGACACCUGCAGCACUUGCAGUACAAUCCUAGCAUCACAGAACAUGCAGCCAUAGAGGAAGAUGGGGAUGCUGGCCUGCUGCUUGGAGAUGAGAACAUGCUACCAGAUGACUUGGUUCAGUAUCUCCACUCCCAGGUUCAAGUGGAUGGUGGUCCCUGCCUGCUCAACGAGGACCAAAUACCUUUUAGCCAAAAAGACCCCUCCCAACCAUCAAUGGAGGAGAUGGAACAGGCCCAGACAUCUGGGCUGAAUAUGGCCUUCCCUGGGUCCCACAGUCUCCAGCUGCAGCAGAUAGGAGAGAGGAAGAGCCCUAGUAAGCUUCCCAUCCAGUGGAAUGAAGUGAGCUCUGGGAGUGCUGACACAUCUCCUCAGAGGGUACAAAACCACCAGACACAGUGUGAGAGGUGGUCAGGCACAGAACAUGGUCGUAUGUCUGUUCCUUUUGGCAGGGUUGGGAACAUGGGGGGGCCACUUGAUUUCCCUACCAGCAGUACUCAAGCUAAUCAGCCUCAAAGUGCUACCUGUGUCCACCCUGCUGUGAAACUAGAGACAUCACCUAAAUCCUGCAUGGAGAUGAGAGGCACUUACCAUAACUCUGCAAACACCUUUGGCAAUUCUAAUCUCUCACAGAUCAUCAGUGGGCCUCUUCUGCAGGGCUUCAGACAGCAGGACUCCAAUGGACCUCAAAAACAGAGCCUUUUCCAACAGAACCACAACAGUAGCAUCACUUGCCAGGUUGGGAACAACCUAAUGCUUAGCAUGGCCUCCAUGGACAACCUCCCCACCCACUCCCAGGGAACCGCACUUCAUCAAAAUCAACAGGUCUAUCCCCCUUGCCCACCAAUUAACAGUUACAGGAACUUGGUCAGGACCCAGCAGUACCUCAGUCCCAAGCAUGCCAGUGAGCCUAAUCUUAACCAGCAGCAACAGCUGCAGAAGAACGGGGACCAAUGUUCCCUUGCACAUCAGGUAUCGGGCCUGAAACUGGAGGCCCCAGACCAUGAAUAUUUAGAGCAGGACUUUGGUGACUGCCUCUCUUAUGAACCAGCAGAUCAUAAAGCCACCACGUUCCCUGUUGUGGAGGACCAGGGUUUGCUGGACUCAAUGGCUGAGUCUGUUGGACAAGGUGGUGAUAAUGAGAAUUUGGAUGCUCUUCUGUCUCCUGGUACAGACCAGGUAACUAGCACAGUGGAAUGCAAUGUGACCGGUGUAUUUGAUCAAAGGGUAAGUAUGGACUUUGGUGCUAUGCUCGAGGAUUGCUAUGACCAAGGUAGCCUGGUCUCAGGGGUGUUGAGCCCCACAAUCUUCCAGGGUCUGUCCAGGACCUCAUCACGCUUGACCACUCCUCGAGCAUCUGCAAGCUUCCACAGUGUGGCCCCUGGUCUUAACAACAUGGCUAUUGGAGACAUGAGCUCUCUCCUCACCACCCUUGCUGAGGAGAGCAAGUUCUUGGCUAUCAUGCAGUAGCUGCUCUUUCUCUCUGCUUUCUCCUCCAUCAGAAAAAAGGAAGAGAAAAACUCUGGUGUAUGUGAAGAUUAAGAUAAAAGCGGCAAUUAUGAGAACUUUAUUAUGUAUGAAUGUUCUGGAACAGUCAGUUGGAAAACCCAUUUAUUUGGCAGAGAUGUCAUCCCACACAGAAGUUUGAUGUAUUAAAAUUAAGUGUAGAUAAAUAGUUAUAUUCCUUUCCUGGAGUGAAGGCUAUUUUGGAAGCUCUUCACUUUUUAAUUGCAAUGUGAUACUGUGCAAAAUGUCACUUGGUUGAAACAGUAUUCUGUGUAGUGUCACUGUUUUUGCUGUACACACAGUUGGUAAAACUGCAUGCAAAUUAAAACAUUACACACACUGUCUAUAUAAGUACAUAGACUAGCCCAUGUGCCAAGUACCUACCAUUCUGAUUCCACAGGCACAAAGAUGCCAAACCCAUUCUUGUUCUAGCAGGUGAGUCACUAAUCUAACACGCCUUGAUGAUGGCUUUAUAUAUCAUAGUUUUGAAUAAGUGAUACAUUUACGUUUGUUGUCAUUUUGUUUGUAUGUUACUUUGUGAAUCUGUAAAUGUUUCCGUGCUUCUGCCAACUUUAUCAAAUGAUGUUUUUGUUAAAUGGUAUCGAGUCCAAAAAAUGGACAAGACAUUCUUCAUGGCACCAUAGAUAGUCGUCUACUUGAUAUUUAAAUGGAUUGAUAUAGUCUGAUAAGGUACUCACAAAUGUAUAUGUGUUUUUAUAUUCUGUUUGUGAUAAUCUGAUAUUUGAUGUUGGGUUGCACAGUUUGGAGCUGAUUUAAAAAUAGACAUUUUCUCUGUGAUGGUUCCUAUUUGGUGCUUUACAGUAUGUAUGCUUACGUGAACAUUUGGACACGCGUUCCCAUAGAAUUCAAUGGUAAAGUGUGUCUAAAUGUUUGAUAGUCUAAGUCCUUUAAGGUUUUAAUCUGUCUUAAAGACCAACAUCGGUCCACCCCACAUGAGCUUUCUUCUCAUGAUGGUAAGUGCUGUAAAGUAACGUUUUGUUUUAUAUAAAGUCAUCCAUAUUGUUCUCUUCAAAGCUCUUAAAUUCUGAAUGUGUACUGCCAUCAAGUAUUGCAGUGACUUUGUCAACAGUGUUAGUAAUGCUAUGUAGUCUUAUGUGACUGCGCACAGAAUAUUGUGUAGUUUACCUUCUAUUCCGCAUCAGAGCAAUGAGGUACAAAUUGUUUUAUUGUUCUUUGGUACCAUUAUCAUUUUUCUAGCUGUGCGUUGAUUGUUUUUCUUUUCAAAGAAGCAGAAAUCAUUUCCUUUGAUAGACGGAAAAUACAGUACAUUGAGGUAUGUGCCUUAUACAUAUCUGCCUGUCGAUAGACCACUGCCAAACCUCCAGUGUGAAUUAUGAAAAACAUCAAAAUUUAAUAUGUAAACUAUCCUAAAAGUUGAUGUGCAAAAUGCAUUCUUUUCUUUGAUUUUGUUGAUUUUCUGUUUUCCAUUUACUGUGCAUUUAUGUGUAAAUACAAUACUCUUUCUCUAGGUUUAGCAGAGGAAAUGGGUAGUAUCCUGGGGCCAAUAAAGAACUGACUUUGAUAGCAGGAAUUUCCAGGCCCUGGGUAGAGGCCAGAUCUGGCUCAGAGGGGAACUUCAAAUGCCCAGCACUGUCCCUCUGCCAGAAGAGCCGCUUUGCUCUUUUAUAUCUGACUACAAAUGUUUGUAUGGUUUUA